CCUGAACGACCGAGACCGCUGCCCCCGAGCGGGCGCCUUUCCGAUAUCGCGGCCGCGAUGGCGCCCCGCCGGCGUGGGCUGCUCGUGGCGCUGGCGCUCCUGGGCCUCCUCGGGCCGCCCGCGUCCUUCGUCGCCGUUCCCGGCAGGGCCCGCGCGCCGGCAUUGGCGCCGGCCGACGCCCGCUCGGGCGCCGCGCCACCAGAGGGUCAGCCCCAGGCCCCGGCCUCCGCGGCGCUGCUCGUGGGCGUGGCCGCGUGGCCGCGGCGUCCGCGCGGGCCGCGGGUUCCUCCGCCGUGGGGCGCCGCGUUCGGGGCGGGGAGGCCGCCAACGAGGAGAAGGACACGAGCAUCUUCGACGUCAUGGCGGACACGGACAAGUACAUCGAGAUGGACAGGACUUCCAAGCGCCCGGUGUUCGGGUACCCCGAGUGGAAGAGGCACCGCAAUUCCGACCGUUUUACACGGAACCUCGGCAACUUGUUCAACUCCCAGACCAUCCGCGCGAAUUGGCAGGAGGUCGCGGCAUGCACACUCAUCGCGCUGGCCGUGGUCCUCUGGAACGACGCCCCAGGAGAGUUGGGCUCCAUCCUGCCCAAGGACCGCGUGGUCCUCAGCCUGCCAGCUCUGCCUUUCACAGUCAGCGGGACGUUCCUCUCGCUGUUGCUCGUCUUCCGGACCAAUUCCGCAUACGCCCGCUGGUGGGAAGCGCGUUGCAUCUGGGGCGCCAUCAUCAACACAUGCCGUGACAUCGUCCGCCAGGCGAUCACGCGUUUUGACCCCGCGGACUUGGAGUUGAAGGCGGAGGUGACGCGCUUGGUGUCCGCGUACCCUCGGUGCCUGAUCUAUCACCUGGGCGAGCGUACCGACGUGUCCAACUUAGUCAUCGAGAAAAAGUUGGGUAAGAUCCUGACGGAGGACGAGAAGGCGAAGCUCAUGGCCUGCACACACAAGCCUAUGACCGUCACGGGUAUGCUCUCGCAGGCCAUUCGCAAGGCGAAGUUGGACGUAAUCGACGAGAUGAAGAUCGACGCCGACGUCACAAAGUUCUCGGACUACUACGGCAUGUGCGAGAGGAUAUUCAAGACGCCCAUGCCGCUGUCGUACACCCGCUUGACAUCCAGGUUUCUCAGUGUUUGGCUGCUCUUCAUGCCGUUGGCGCUCUACGGCGCAGUCGGCACCCAUUUUGCGAUCGUGCCCAUCACCGCGUUCCUGGCUUUCGCAAUAUUCGGCAUCGAAGAGCUUGGCGUUCAGAUCGAGGAGCCUUUCUCUGUGCUCCCGAUGAACGUUAUGGCCGGUGGCAUCGACGCAAGCAUCUUCGAGGCCCUAGAGUUAGACAAGGAGGACCGGAAGAAGCAGGGCGUGGUCGCAUGAUGCUUCGAUAUCUCAGGAGGGGCUAUCGGUGACCAUCCGCACCUUCAGCGGAAGCAGAAGAGUUUCCUGAAUUCGACGCCCUGCUCGGGCACGACUCGCUUUCAGACUUUGCAUAAGGGCUCUGCACUGAUGGGCUGUGCCCUCUGCCACCUGCACCCCAUGCGAAGCCGUCUUGAUCAUACAUUCUUCAAUUUUCCGUUAUCGCAGUAGGAGGAGGGCAAGCUAGUUUUGCUCAUGCUCGGUUGCCGAUACUUGCCUGUUUCUUUGUGGGAGGGCUGGUCCAUUGCCCAGUUUGCUCCUCCUCCUCCUCCUCUUCCCUCUCGACGAG